AUGAAGCUCUCUUCCGCUGUUAUGCUGGCGAUUGCCGGCUUGGCCGCUGCCGCUCCAGUCGAAAUCUCGGAGAACGUCAAGAACAUCUUCGAACGUCAACAGCAGACAUGUGUUCGUGUUGGCCAGAGCUGUCAACAGAAGCCUAAUGGCUGCUGCAACCCACAGCAGAACUUCUGCAACCAGACAUUUGUCUGCCAGUCCAGGUCCGGCGGUGGCGGUGGCGGGGGCGGCGGUACCCCACCAGGAGGAGGAGGAGGUGGUGGAACCCCGCCAGGCGGAGGCGGAGGCGGUGGCGGAGGCGGAGGUGGAGGUGGCGGCGGUGGCGGCUACUCUGGUUACAGUGGUUACUCUGGAGGCAGCGGUGGCUCCGGCUACAGCGGCUAUAGCGGUGGCUCCGGUGGUUCAGGCUAUUCGGGAGGAGGCGGUUCGUACGGAGGCGGUUCGUAUGGAGGUGGUGGCUAUGGUGGUUACUACCGCAAGGCCGAUGCAGCCGCAGCAGAGCCUCCAAAAGAGGACCCAACCACUCAGAUCACCGCGCCACCACUCGAGACUGUUGCAGAAGCAGCAGUUUAG